AUGAUCCAUGAUCCAACACAGCCAGACAAACCUGGAUCAUUGAUUGUUGCGAGCAGGAAGACCAGCUUUCUUCUCUCAUUUCCCCUCGCUGCUCAGCUGGAGCCUGUGUCACCUAGCACACCUCACGGUUCUCCUAUUGAGACCGACCCAGACCUUCCUAGUCUUACCUCCACUUCCACUGGAUCUCUUAACCUUAGCUCCGAGCAGCUCGGUAUCCUGACAAUCACCCGAGGUGCCUGGGCCGGGUGUGUGGUGGGUGCGCUGCAGAUGGGUCAAUGGUACAUUGAUACAAAGAAGGUCGUCCAUGUAGAAUAA